GUUGAGGCAUCUCCUAUUAUUGAUUGAAUUGUAUUGAAUGAAACAGUGGUUUCAGAGGUAUCUUGUUUAGGAUAAUCCUUUUAUACACAUCAAUCACAUUACACGUUAUCCUCAAUUCAUGAUCAUGGAUUCCAAAACAAAUUAAGUAAUCGCUGUAUAAAAAACAAAUCAUGUAGCGUGUUGCAGGAAUCAUUGUUUAGAGUUAGAAACCAAGCGACCCCGCCAGAGCUAAAAAGGUAACAGGGAAAUGUCCAGCUGACCGCCGGAAACUGAAACACAGCCAAAUCCCCAGCCAAGAGACAGAGGACCUCAAAUUAAAGAAUACCAGUCUUGGUUGUCUGCAUACACCGAAUCACAAGCCAUUCUGCUCUCCACGUCCCAUUCAAUUUUCCCCAAUUUGAUAUAAUCUUUCACUCCCUCCGUCUGUCUCAUCGAAACCCAUCAUCUCAAUCUCCCCUCUUCUGCUCUUCCUUCCCUUCUCCUUGUGGGUGGGUUUCGUGAUCCCCAUCGCCAAAAUGGGCGACGCCGCAGCUCAACCUGAGAACGCCAAGGUUCUUCAUCUGGUGCGGCAUGCGCAAGGCGUCCACAAUGUUGCAGGAGCCAAGGAUCAUAGCGCUUUGAUGUCUCCCGAAUAUUUUGAUGCUCAGCUCUCCCCGCUUGGAUGUCAACAGGUUCAGGAUUUGAGGAAUUACGUGGUUUCAUCUGGGAUCCUUGGAAAAAUUCAAUUAGUCAUCACCUCUCCUCUCUCGAGGACAAUGGAAACUGCAGUCAGGGUGUUUGAUACAAAGCCCAACAGAGCAAGUGUACAUAACGGUGGUGAGGCUGAAGAAAUGUUAGAUGUUAACUACCCACCAAUUUUGGCGUAUGAACUUUGUCGAGAAAGAUUGGGGCUUCAUCCUUGUGACAAGAGGAGGACUGUCACGGAGUAUCGGUCUCUUUACCCUGACGUUGAUUUCUCAUUGAUAGAAAGUGAUGUUGACGUUAUGUGGACGCCUGAUGUUAGAGAGACCUUUGAGGAGGUUGCAGCCAGGGGCUUGAAGUUCAUGAGCUGGUUAUGGACACGACCAGAGAAGGAAAUUGCGAUUGUUUGUCAUGACAGGUUCUUACAGUAUACCUUAGAGGCUUUGACCAACGACUGCCAGCCAUCAUUGAGGGCUGAAGUAUCCGCACAAUUCAAGAAUUGUGAACUUCGGUCUCUGAUCACUGAGAAUGAAAGGGUGGUGUCAUGCCUUGGCAAGUUCCUCCCAAGUGAUUCUGCAAACUAGGAAAAAGCCAGCUCAACAUACUUAGCAUCCCAUUCCGGAGAGAAUAUACCUUCAAUGACUGGUUAGUCCUUUAUGUAAAGAAAGGAUUUGAUCUUGUAAAGAAAAACUAGUGAAAUUGGCAAGUUUGUUAUGCUGAUUAGUGACAGUAUUCACAUUCAGGGUGUUAUAUUGUGUUCAUAUGU